GGUAGGGUCUAGAGUCACAACCGACAACAGAAAAGUUUGUGUCUUUUCUGUCGCAUCUGGUGACAAUGGACUGCAAGUUUUACCCAGCCCUAUGUUUAAUAUGGCAAUUCCUGGUGUGUUUAUUUAUAGUUCGAGUUAAAACCACCAAAGAGGAUACACCUCUACUGGGUGCAGAGCAUAUUGUUUAUGGCAAAUUAAACCACAAAGUGAGUGUCUUUGUGGAACUGUUCAAAAACAGCCCAUUCCUUGCGUGCAUGGACAUAGAAACGGCUAAUGAUGAGUUGAUAGACCCAAUGUUUGUGUGGCUUGGACCAAAUGAAAGACUUAUAAAAGGGCACAUCAGCGUUAACCUCACCGAAACAGGAAAGCUCAUGAUGAAGUCUUUUCGCAAAUCCAUGUCUGGGUCCUACAAUUGCAUGGUGAGAUACCUCAACAUCAAGAAUGGCAAUAAAGUCACAGUGGUGAAAUCCUUCUCAUUUACUUUGCUGGCAUAUCAUGAGCCAGAUUACACCUACCAGUUCAACGUACGAUACUCCACCGAAUCCUGCGGGUUUCAAAUUAACGACCGUGCCGUAGAAUGGCUUAUCGGUGUGAUGGAGGAGAUUGUUAAAAACUUCACAUGCAAGGUGGUGGACUCGUACCAUAAAUGUCACACCCUUAUACCUCCACAUCAAAGCCUACAGAGACAGCUCUUCAUAUCUUUCACUGUUCUCCCACUUGGUCCUAAAAGGGAUGAGGACUGUCCCGGUGCCUCUGUAAACUGCAUAGAGGAAAGUAACAGCCGGGUUCAGCAGGCCAGAGACAAUAUUGUGGAUUUUUUCCUGCACUACUCACAAGUACAGAAGAAACACUCUGUUACUUUCCCGCGUAUAAAUUAUGUUGAGCACAGUCUGGACAUCAGGCGCCUCGACAGCUGCCGCCCGGGCUUUGGGAACAAUCUGAACAAGGAAAAUGACUGUUCUGGCUGUUGUGUUAUUUGUGAGCCGCGGACAUUCAGCGAAAAAGACCACCUGUACUGUGAGAUUUGUGAGAACAUCCGAAUCGACUACUAUGGCGCCAAUUACUGCUAAUGAUUCAAGUGCCCCUCUUGCAUCUCUUGCACCAACCUUUACAAGGACCAUUCCUUCUGGAGAGAACUAAGUACAAAACUGACAGCCAGGGUCUCAUGGCAAAUGUCCACCAUGUUAUUGCCCUGUCCUGCAAACUGUCCCUUUUUGUCACAUACAAACCAGCCAUCGUCAGCACUGUCAUUAUAUUUGUCCAAUCGAUUGUUUUCUGCUUCUACAAAUAGAAUUUUAUGGCAGUGGUUCAUCGUGGCUCAGCUGAUUGUUGGCAAAACAAUAGAUCAUUUUUAUAAAUGUUGUAUACCCCUUAGUAG